UCCGGCGGGCAGUCGGCUGGCACCCAUGCCUUUGCUGCCCGCUGGAAUUUUCAACACCUCCACAGAGUAUGGCUCAAUCCCAAGCUUACUUCCAUCAAACACAGAAGUUCCAAUUGCCACGGAUAGCCCACCAAAAUACCACCACCUUCUUCCAUCUAUGAGCUUUGUGUUAGAUUUAUAUACCACAGCACUACUACUACUACUUUCAGGCAAAGUUCGAGGAGGCUUGUUUGUUCCACCGAACAACCCUAAAAAAUUGAACAAAUUACUGAGGAAGCAAUUCAAAGAUACUGCUGGGAAGAAUUGGUUUGACAUGGUGGCCCAAACCCUCACCCCUGAGUUGAAGAAAGAUCUCCAGCUACUCAAGUUGAGGAGCGUCAUUGAUCCAAAGAGACACUACAAGAAGGGUGAUUCAAAAUCGAGAACAGUUCCCAUGUAUUUCCAGGUGGGCACAGUGAUGGAGUCGGCAUCAGACUUCUUCACAGGUCGGCUUACUAAGAAGGAGAGGAAAGCAACCCUUGCUGAUGAGCUACUCUCUGAUCAUACCCUUGGGGAGUACAGGAAGCGCAAGGUUCGAGAGAGUGAAGAACAGAACCGUCCUGGACGGGUGGAGAAAUGGAAGAUAAAAGGUGGACAGUCUUGGAAACGUGCUAAGCAAAGAAGACGCUGAUGGCUUUCGAUGUUGUUGACCCUGCAAAGGAUAUUUUUCUCCAGCUCAGAUUCGGUUUACAUCUCUCUCUCUCUCUCCGCAAAACCCACCAUUUGUUUUUUAACCCACUUCCUCUCUCCACUCAAGGACAUGCACAUCUUUGUCCACUUUUCAACCCUUUCCUUCCUCUUUUUGCACCCCACUCACAGAUUCACACACCAUCACUAGUUUUUCAAAUCAUUAUUUUAUGUUUUAUUUUUUCUUUUUGAUCAUUACACCAUUGCCCCAACAUCCUCCACUCACAAAUAUUCUCCCUUUUCUUUCUCUAUUUUUUAUUCUUAUUAUUAUUAUUAAACACAACAAAAACAAACCACACCCGACACACCCACUAUCUCUUACAAUCAUUUAUCAUUUUUAAUAUGUAAACAUAUACAUAGAUAUACAUUGACUUCAAUUUCUUUUCUUUUCUCUCUUUUCUUUUCUUUUCUAUCUAUCAUAUAUAUUAUUAUUAUUAUUAUUAUUAUUA